UUGCCACAGACGCACUGAUUUUCUUUUUAUUUUCUUGUUCUUUUUCUGAUCGAGUAGUAUUUUAUUGAAAGGAGCCACGCCCUGGUUUCUUAAAGGCACCUCUUAACUGUUUUGGCCAUGUGUUGUCUCUGCAGCCCAUGUGUGGGUGACCUCCUGUGAAGCACCUAUAUUUUUUGUGGCCUCCUGGCAAGGCCUCCCUCCCACCCAAACAUUCCCCCCUUCAAAGGCUUUGAGGAUGCCAGGAGGGAAGAAGGUGGCCGGGGGUGGCCCCCCCGCAGCUGCGGCCCCUUCUGGGCUGCCACGGCGUUUGGAAAGCAGCGAAGGGGGUGCCACCGUGGCCCCCCGAGACGAUGAGCCUGAGGAAGAAGGGGAAGAGGACCUUCGAGAUGGAGGAGUCCCCUUCUUUGUCAACCGGGGUGGGCUGCCAGUGGACGAGGCCACUUGGGAAAGGAUGUGGAAGCAUGUGGCCAAGAUUCACCCCGAUGGAGAGAAGGUGGCCCAGCGGAUCCGCGGGGCCUUGGACCUGCCCAAGGUCCCCAUACCGAGUGUGCCUACGUUUCAGCCCACUACACCCAUCCCCGAGCGCCUGGAGGCCGUGCAACGCUACAUCAGGGAGCUGCAGUACAAUCACACAGGGACACAGUUCUUUGAAAUUAAGAAGAGCAGACCUCUGACGGGGCUGAUGGACCUGGCCAAGGAAAUGACCAAAGAGGCUCUGCCCAUCAAAUGCCUGGAAGCCGUGAUCCUGGGAAUUUACCUCACCAACAGCAUGCCCACCCUGGAGCGCUUCCCCAUCAGCUUCAAGACCCACUUCUCAGGGAACUACUUCCGCCACAUUGUACUGGGUGUGAACUUCGGGGGCCGCUACGGGGCCCUGGGCAUGAGCCGUCGCGAGGACCUGAUGUACAAAGCUCCGGCCUUCCGCACACUCAGCGAGCUGGUGCUGGACUACGAAGCUGCCUACGGCCGCUGCUGGCAUGUGCUCAAGAAGGUGAAGCUGGGCCAGUGUGUGUCCCACGACCCGCACAGCGUGGAGCAGAUUGAGUGGAAGCACUCAGUGCUGGACGUGGAGCGGUUGGGCCGCGAUGACUUCCGCAAGGAGCUGGAGCGCCAUGCCCGGGACAUGCGACUCAAGAUUGGCAAAGGCACGGGCCCUCCCUCCCCAACCAAGGACCGGAAGAAGGAUGUUUCAUCGCCACAGCGGGCCCAGUCCAGCCCCCACCGCAGGAAUAGCCGCAGUGAAAGGCGGCCAUCGGGUGAGAAGAAGCCGGCUGAGCCCAAAGCCAUGCCUGACCUCAAUGGGUACCAGAUCCGGGUGUGAGAGGCAGGCAUCUCUCCAGGGAGCCAGGAUCCACUGGCCAGAGCCAGCCUUGCCCGUGGGCAGGGAGGGGGCACAGAGGCCCACUUCAACCCCCCGCCACAAGCUGCUGCCCCUCUCACUGAGCCAAGACCCCCUAACUUUGGGCCCAGAGGCAGUAUUUUCUUUGGAGCUUUUAACUUGACCACUGAAGUGUAAGGUAUUUAGGUAACACUUAGAAUGAACGGAUCUGUGAACAGCUGAAGGGCUUAGGAAAUCCAAGUGCCAUGUGGACUGCUAAGAGGUGGGCACAGAUUCCACUGGUGCUGGCAACUGGUGUCUGAGAUUUGGGUCAGCCUGUUUGGGGAAACUCCCAACCCCACUUGGGCUAUGGAGAGGGAACUCUGAGUCGGGGAGGGGUGGGGUAUGUUUGCCCACUUCUGCCAGCCCUGGCAGAAUCAUCCCAGGGAACGGAAACAGGGUAGGAAUCCUGGGGGUGGGGAGGUCCAAAGCAAAGCACAGCUGAGCAAGGGCGUGGAGCUUGGGAGGGGCCUAGUGCUUGCACAGCCCCACGUGGGGUGGCAUGAGGUGCUAUGGGUGGGUGAUGCUGAACUGCCUAUGAGGGUGAGUGGGCCUGAGUUCCCAAAUGCCUACCCUGGGGGACACUUGCUGGGUCCCAGCCAGCCCCCCUCGCCAGCCCCGCUCUCCCUAAGGAGGGUGUGAGCUUUGCUCCGGGUGGCAUGCCAUUGGUGAAUGGGCUGGUCUGCUGGGGUCAGGCACCCAGGCUGGAGGCAGGGUGAGACCUAAGGACCC